AUGGCUCUUCUAGCCAUUGAUCUCGAUAUGUUUGGGCAUGGAUCGGCGGGCCAAGUAUUGGGCCGGACCGAUGUGGAUCGGGUUGAGUAUCAAUAUAGCACAAAGUCAUUACUUUCAAUCUACAUAUUUUAUGAAGAGACUUGCGGUUUCUUCAUUGAUGAAGAGAAGAAAGUCUUCGUGGUUUUUGAGUUAGAUGAAUCUCAAGCCUACAAAUAUGCUUACAUCAUUGGAGAGAAUAUAUGCUUGAAAAAAUUGGAUCUUGGAGAAGUUAGAACAUUUUCUUGCCCAAUUGUGUGCUCCAGCUCUUAUGUUCCAAGCUAAGUUUAGUGAAAAUCAAGGAAGAGGAAGAGCAAAAUUAGGAAAGAGAAGAAGUG